AUGGCUCGUCGUCCGUCUUUUUAUUUGAGAUAUGUGCGAUCGUUCUCGACUCCCAUCCAGACACCUUUGCGUAUCGUCCCUCCGACGGCCCGUAUUCUGAGCCCGAUCAGACAUGCCUCGUGGCGGCCAGCACCAAAUACUACGUAUCGUCGCCUGCCUCCACGCCCACCUCCCCGCUAUAAUCGCUUCGGUCGGGCGAGUCAAGUUUAUGAGCUAUGGCUCACGAGCCCGACAUUCCGGCUUGUUACGGGGGUAGGUGGCUUGGGAAUUGGAGUAGCUGCUUAUGCCAGCCGCGAGACGGUUCCCAUCACUGGGCGAGGGCGCUUCAACAUUAUAUCUCCAGAUUUUGAGAAGAAGAUAUCAGAAGGGGGAUAUGAGGCCACCGUUCGACAGUAUCAAGACCGUAUACUGUCGCCAGAACAUCCCACGUCACAGAUGGUACGACGAGUCAUGCAGCGACUGAUUCCAGUGUCGGGCAUGGAAAAUGAGAAGUGGGAGGUCAGGGUGAUCGAUGAUCCGGGCCAAGUCAACGCAUUUGUUAUGCCGGGAGGCAAAGUUUUUGUUUUUACGGGUAUACUUCCGAUUUGUGGUGGAGAAGAUGGUCUCGCUGCGGUACUUGGACAUGAGAUCUCGCACAACGUAGCCCAUCAUGUUGGAGAAAAGUUCACAAAAACUGUUUGGGUUUGGGCAAUAGCACUUGCGGCUGGCGUUUUCUUUGACACAUCGCUUCAGUCCUCGCAAUGGAUUCUGAGCUUGCUGUUAGAACUCCCCAAUUCACGGAUACAAGAAUCGGAAGCGGACCAUAUUGGCCUUUAUGGCAACAACAAGGAUCGUAUUGCUGAAAUAACGAAAUGGCUACCUGAAGCUGAAGAAAAGGCUAUUGCUGGUGAAUGCGGUACUACCAAUAACUAUGUCGCCCUUUUACGCCCCCCAACUCGAGCCAACAAAGGCCGCGUCGCGACAAUGGUGACUUUUGGUAAAUUGGACCGACAGAAGAUAUUCCUUGGCUCAGUCCCCACUCAGUCACACAUUUCGGACGUUUUAGCUCUGCUUUGA